GAGACUCAGGCAAACUUCGGCUCGGCAGACAGACGCGAAUAGAUCUGCAGGGAUUGGGAAAAAUAAAGCAAAGGUUCGUGCAGAAAAAACAGAACAGCGGUCUGGGAUUCACUCGCUGAACCAUUCCGGUGCAAACAUGGAGGAUCUCGAUGCUCUGUUAGCUGACCUCGAGUCCACGACCUCCCACAUCUCGAAGAGGCCCGUGUUCCUGCAGGAGGAGACGCCCUACUCCUUCCCCACCGGCAACCACACCUACCAGGAGACCUCGCUGCCCCCGCCGGUGCCCCCACCCCCCUCCGCAGAGGCUCUGAACGGGAGCCUCCUCGACCCGGCGGACCAGUGGCAGAGCACAGCCAGGUUCACACCCCAGCAGCCCCAGGCUGUGAAAAGCAUCGCCUCUGUUUCACGAGAGAGCGGCAGCCCUCCUCCCAGCCGCCCCAGUGAGGAGGACCACGUGUACAGUUUUCCCAACAAGCCAAAGACUACUGAUCCCUCCCAGGCAGCCAUGAGCUCGUUCCUGGGCAGCAACCUGUCGGAGCUGGACCGGCUCCUUCUGGAACUGAACGCUGUACAGCACAACCCGCCCUCCUUCGCCACCACAGAGGACACCAUGCCCCCCCUGCCUUCGGUCAGCACCACCCACUACGGCGUGCAGGAGAACGGGGGCUCGGCCGGCAAGAAGGCGCCCCCUCCCGCCAAGGAGAAGCCGAAGCGCAGCGGAGGGCGUGGCAUCGAGGACGUGCGCCCCAGUGUGGAGAGCCUGCUGGAUGAACUGGAAAGCUCUGUCCCCAAUCCAGCGCCUGCCUCUGUUGCGGUGCUGCAGUGUGAUGUGGGGGGCGAGGGGCAGCGAGACACCCCCACCCAGCAGCAAGCCCGGAUAUCAGCCUCCUCCGCCACCCGGGAGCUGGAUGAACUCAUGGCCUCCCUGUCUGACUUCAAGGUGCAGAGCAAUCCUAGCUCCUCAGCCUCCUUGGCCUCUGAGCCUUUCUCAGAGCAGGAUCUAGCCAGCUCAGAUCUGAUCCUUGCAGACGCUUCCACCCCCUCUCCUGAAACCCCAGCUUUAUUCGUCACCUCCUCUCCCGCCCCACGGACACCCAGCCCCCUGGGGCCGCUCCACAUCGAUGAGGAGGGCAGCGGUGCGGUGCACCACCCUGCCCCACUUGCUGGCACCUCCCAACGAGACCCCAAACCUGCAGCUUCUCAGCAGCCAAGGAAAGGUGAGCAGACAGGCAGGGAGCCAGACUCUGACGUCAUCAUCGACGUCUCCUCCUCCAUGCUGUCAUCCAGACUGGAGUGUUUAGUGGUGCUGGACAAACCUGAUCCGCCAGAACAGGUGAAGAGCGAGGGCAGAACAGAGGUGAGGCAGGAAACCAUGGCCAGUACCUUGGAGACGGCUCGGCUGCAGGGGCAGGUCACCUCUGAGCUCUGUGCCGUGUCAGAAACGUCAAAAGAACACGAGGCAUCCCUCGAUGAAGCCCUGGAUAAGCUGCUAGCAAUGGAGUUUGAGGAGCUGGAGAGAGAGGACCUCCACAUGGAGGAACAGGUGCAGGAGAUCUGCGAGGAAGCCAUCAUGGCCACGGACAGGAGAGAGGUGUUCCCAGACACCACGGGACUCCAGCAGGUUCCCGUGAAGGAAGAGGAACCCAGACCAACCCCGCUGCCCAAUGGGAACAGGGAGGAGGAGAAAGAGCUCUGUGAAGCUGACCGACUCGCACAGCAGCAGAGCCCAGAACCGGAGGAAAACUUUGAGCUGCCCACGGCUCAGCCUCCGGUGGUGGAGAGGAUCUCCACAUCCAGCCAGAUGAAGUCGUUAAUCAAGCGGACGAAGGAGACAUCGAACGUGCACCCCAUGUUCCGCGAGGACCCACCGCGACGCAAGCUGGGCCCCGUGAUCUUCCAUAAGAGCAACUCCCAGGACAAGCUGAUCGAGGAGCUGCAGGGCAAGCUGGGCAUCAGCAGGCAGGAGCGCUGGAAGAGCCAGCAGGAAGACUGGCUGACGGAGGGGGUGAUCGUCACGUCCAAGCCUCUGCGCACACGCCAGAACAGCGGCCCCGGGGGCCAGCAGACUAUGUUCUACCCUCCUCUAUCCCGACACCCCAAUCCUCUCGCUGCUCGCCCCCCACUCAGCCCGCCCACGCUCGACAAGUUUCCCCAGCGGCUGGCUCCCUCUCCUCCUCCUGUUCCACACCAGCCGGCUCCAUAUCCCGGGAGGGAAGACUGGUUUGACUUUGUAGAUCCCUUUGCCUCUCCUUCCCCCUAUCCAUAUGGAGAGCUUCAGACACUUGAUCCAAACAUCAUGGCCCAGGGGAAGGGUGGUGGGGGUUCCCCCCCAGCCGGAGCCCCCAAAGCUGGGAACAAGCUGGACAGCAUGCUGGGCAGCCUGCAGUCUGACCUGAACCGGCUCGGGGUUCAGACCGUAGCCAAGGGGGUGUGUGGAGCCUGCAAUAAACCCAUCGCAGGACAGGUGGUCACGGCGAUGGGCAGGACUUGGCACCCAGAGCACUUCGUGUGCACCCACUGCCAAGAGGAGAUUGGCUCCCGCAACUUCUUUGAGAGGGACGGGCAGCCUUACUGCGAAAGGGACUAUCACAACCUCUUCUCCCCGCGAUGCUACUACUGCAAUGGCCCCAUCCUGGACAAAGUUGUGACUGCGCUGGAUAGGACCUGGCACCCGGAGCACUUCUUCUGUGCCCAGUGCGGCGCUUUCUUUGGUCCUGAAGGUAACUGCAGAUAGAAAUCCCAUGUUCCAGUACAGCUGAGAAUUGUGUGACCUCACAGCUCUGCUAGCGAGCUCACCUCAAGCCUGCACUGCAUUCAGUC